AACCUCUAAUUUUGAACUGCCUUUUUUAUGAUCAUUUAAUUAACAAAGGGAAAAACAAAAACAAAAAAAACAAAAAUAAUUUGUUUUUUUUUUUUUUGUAAAAUCAAGAAUGGACAUGGUAGAGGAAGCCCUCCAACUACCCCUCCUCGCGGACGAAUCGCCGACGUCAUCGAAACCGACGAAAACUCCAGCGCAAAAGGCCGUCCGGAAGGCGUUCAAAGGUACGGCCCACCUCUCGAACCUCCCACCGACGGGGUCCGUCCUCACCUUCCAAAUCCUCUCCCCGGUUUUCACGCACGAGGGCAAAUGCAAAUCGUUCGUAAGCCAAUCGACCACCCUCUUCCUCCUCGGCCUAUGCUCCGUCUCGUGCUUCCUCCUCUGCUUCACCGACAGCUUCCGCGACGAGCGCGGCAAGGUCCGGUACGGCCUCGCCACCUUCCGCGGCCUCUGGAUCAUCGACGGCGGGGGGCCCGCCGCCCCCGCCAUGGCGCCGGAGGAGGCGGCCAAGUACCGCCUAGGGUUUGGCGAUUUCUUCCACGCGUUGAUGUCGGUUAUGGUUUUCGCUGCGGUGGCUAUGUUCGAUCAGAAUGUGAUCAAUUGCUUCUAUCCGGAACCUUCCGAGGAGGCUCUCGAGAUCCUGACGGCUUUGCCGGUGACCGUGGGGGUGAUUUGUAGCAUUUUGUUCGUUAUUUUUCCGACUAGGCGGCACGGAAUCGGCUUCCCUCUUUCGCGGAAUUAGUUGCAUCGUCGAUUUGUUCUUCUUUUUUCAUGCAUUGUUUUUUUAAAGGAUCAUCUUCCAUUGUAUUAUGAUGAUGCAUCAUAUUAUAUUUUAAUUCAUUGGAUGUUUGAAA